AUGAACCGCCAGUUCACCUACAAGUCAGGAGCUACUGCGAAAGGGGGCUUUAGUGGUUGUUCGGCUGUGAUUUCGGGGGGCAGCUCUGCAUCCUACCGUGCAGGAGCCAAAGGGCUCAGUGCUGGCUUCAGCAGCCGGAGCCUCUACAGCAUGGGUGCCACCAGGGGCAUCUCCUUCAAUGUGGCCAGCAGCAAUGGAAGGGCAGGAUUUGGAUUUGGCCGGAGCCGGGCCAGUGGCUUUGCAGGCAGCAUGUUCGGCAGCGUGACCCUGGGGCCCACCUGCCCCACUGUGUGCCCUCCAGGGGGCAUUCACCAGGUCACCAUCAACAAGAGCCUCCUGGCCCCCCUCAAUGUGGAGCUGGACCCUGAGAUCCAGAAAGUGCGCGCCCAGGAGCGGGAGCAGAUCAAGGCUCUGAACAACAAAUUUGCCUCUUUCAUCGACAAGGUGCGCUUUCUGGAGCAACAGAACCAGGUGCUUGAGACCAAGUGGGAGCUUCUGCAGCAGCUGGACCUGAGCAACAGCAAGAACAACCUGGAGCCCAUCUUGGAGGGCUUCAUCAGCUCCCUGCGCAAGCAGCUGGAGGGGUUGUCGGGAGACAGGGUGCGGCUGGAUUCAGAGCUGAGAAACAUGCGUGAUGUAGUGGAGGACUACAAGAAGAGGUAUGAGGAGGAAAUCAACAAGCGCACAACUGCAGAGAAUGACUUUGUGGUGCUGAAGAAGGAUGUGGAUGCUGCUUACAUGAGCAAGGUGGAGCUGCAGGCCAAGGUGGAUGCCCUGGACCGAGAAAUCAAGUUCUUCAAGUGCCUGUAUGAGGGGGAGAUCGCUCAACUCCAAUCCCACAUCAGUGACACAUCAGUCAUCUUGUCCAUGGACAACAACCGAAAACUGGACCUGGACAGUAUCAUUGCUGAGGUGCGAGGCCAGUAUGAAGACAUCGCCCUGAAGAGCAAGGCUGAGGCUGAGGCCCUGUACCAGACCAAGUUCCAGGAGCUCCAGCUGGCAGCUGGCCGGCAUGGUGAUGACCUCAAACACACUAAGAAUGAGAUCUCCGAGCUGACCAGGAUCAUCCAGAGGCUGCGUUCAGAGAUCGAAAGUGUUAAGAAGCAGUGUUCCAACCUAGAGACGGCCAUAGCUGAUGCUGAGCAGAGGGGUGACUGUGCCCUCAAGGAUGCCCGGGCCAAGAUGGAUGAGCUGGAGGAAGCCCUGCAGAAGGCCAAGGAGGAGCUGGCCCGAAUGCUGCGGGAGUACCAGGAGCUGAUGAGCACCAAGCUGGCACUGGACAUUGAGAUCGCCACCUACCGCAAACUGUUAGAGGGCGAGGAGUGCCGGAUGUCUGGAGAAUAUACAAACUCCGUGAGCAUUUCUGUCAUCAGCAGCUCUGCUGCUGGCACCACAGGUGCUGGAGCAGGCUUUGGAUUCAGCGGUGCGGGCACCUAUGGCUAUCGGUCCAGCUCUGUGGGUGGAGGCUACAGCAUGCUGUCUGGGGGCUGUGUCACUGGCAAUGGGAACUGCAGCCCCCGCGGGGAAGCCAAAACCAGGCUGGGGAGUGCAAGUGAAUUCAAGGAUCCCUCAGGGAAGUCCCCUGCUCUGAGCUCACCCACCAAGAAAAACACUAGAUAA